AUGAACUGUCAAUGGAACUUACCGUCAAUAAAUUCUCCAGAUUUCGACAAUGCAGUUCUCUCACAAAGGUAUUCUCCAAUCAUCAGCCUGUCAGUAGAUGCAAAUUCAGACGACACUGAGACGUUUCAAGUUGAAGUAGGCUUUCGCGAUGAAGGUGAAUGCUGUUCCGUUCUCGAACCGCUUGCAAAUCAACAUCGGUGCAGUUUCAUGCAACAGUUUGGCUUCCAAGAAAUGAGGAUUACGGUGCCGCAAUCGUUUGCUAUUGAAAAUCACCAACUCUGUGCUUCACCAGCGCAGAAAUCUGUCACGACUGAUGGCCACAGUUUACGCCUUGAGGUUAAUACUGGCGAAAUUAAAAUACUUUUAGACGCCAUCGAACAUCAAGUGGUUGAUAUAAUGGCAAUCUGUUCAGAGAGCGGAAAACUUCGAAAUAUUGUUUUAACAGCUGCUGGAACAGCCAUUUGCGAAGAAUAUCAUAGAGAGUCCACUGGAGUUCAGAAAUCCUGGCUAGAAACUCCGCCUGGAUUACUGAAAUGUCAAAAAGUCGUCUAUUACGAAAAGGGAAUGGAUGAAUUCAAUUUUUUGCUUACAAUUUUCGUUAAAACGUGGAUGAAAUGUGCGUAUGAAAAUAAUUAUCAGAGUAUUGUUGCUAAAAUCACAUUGAAGAGUUCGUCCUCAAAUCAGAGUGAUCUAAAAAAAUGUCGUUUGGAAAUGGAAACAGUAUGCGAGAGUACUUUAAUAAAAUCUGUGAUUAAAAAUAUUUCCGAAUUAUGUGAAUGGACACAAUCAACAAUUCAAGAUUACUUUAAAUUUUGUGUGUGGGAAAAACAAGUACUUCCUAAAAUGGAUAUAACAGAAGGUAGCGUUGAGUUGAAAGGGACGGCGGCUGAUGUAGAGAAGUGUAAAACUUAUUUUCACGAACUGAACAGUAACCUUUUAAAUCAAGCAAGAAAGAUCGCCAGCGCUCAGGGUGUUGUAUGGUCAUAUUUACAUCCUGAGACAAACCAAUGGAUACAAUAUCCAAUUGAACUCAAUGUGGAAAUUGAAGAUGCAUAUAAGAAAAGAUUGCCGGUAUUCUAUAAUUUACUCAUUAAUAUAAAUUUUGAAAAAAUGAUAGAAAUUCAGAGUAAUCGCUCGAUUCAAGUACGUCGUAGAGAAAUAAAUCCUGCUGUGCCCAUUACUUGGGACAUGGAAAACGACAAUGGUCGGAAACGAAUUCCAUUGAAGUUCACCUCAAUAGAAUACGUUCAAGUCUUGAAACAAUUUGAUGCCGCAAACAUGAAGGGAAAGUACACAGAAAUAAGAAAAAUCGAACGAAUACAGAAUGAACGAUGGUUUUUACAAUACUCAGCCCAUCGUGAUGCAUUCAAACAGCGUUCCAAUGGCAGUCCAUACGAAAAGUCUCUAUUUCAUGGUUGUACAGACGUCGCUGUUGAUUCGAUUAUUAAUGAAAAUUUUAAUCGUGCAUAUGCCGGCGUGAACGGGAUUGCGUAUGGCAAUGGCUGCUAUUUUUCGGCAUCAGCUAAAUACAGUCACAACUUUGCAAUUCCAAACUCUUUUGGUGAACGGCAUAUGUUCUUAGCAAAAGUUUUAACUGGAAAAUCAACUAUUGGUAACCCAUCAAUGAAAGUACCACCAACUGGUUAUGAUUCAACGACUGACGGCAGAAAUAUAUUUGUGACUUAUCAUGACGCUCAGGCGUACGCAGAAUAUCUAAUUGUGUAUAAAUAG